AUGUUUGACAAAGAAUAUCUUGCGUAUGAAGUUAAAGAUAGUGCGUUGUGGCAUUCACUGAAGAUCAAUUAUUCAAGUCAGGUAAUACGAACAUUUACUAAAAAAAUAUUACUGUCUUUAAAUAAACUUUUUUUGAAGCUUAAAAUAAUUUACACACGAUUCUUCAGGUCUAGCCAGAGGGUUACCAGCAUAUCCCAAUAGACUCGAUAACAUUCUCGAUACACCAGACUAUACUUAAUUUUUCAGGCUAUGUCUGUCAAUCUGCCUGAGUAUUCUUGGGUAAAUAUCCUGUAUUUCAACCUAUUUUAACAAUUAUGGUUACAGAACACCUUUGAGUGUUAAUUUUGCCUAAAAUUUUUUUAUUGGUUUCCAUGAAAGCAUUAGACUAGUUCUACUAUCUGACCAAGUUUGAACGAAAAAUGUUGAAAACUCGCAGAGUUAUUUAAUUAAAUGCAUUUCGCUGCAAUAAGAAAACAUUGAAAAUAUAAUAUUAAAAUUCAAUUUUCUCCCGAAAAAUUUUACGGUAAUUACUGAUUUUCAAACGAGUUGUGCUCCUGCGGGUUUUAACCAAUUUUUUUCAAAUUUUCACAGGACAUAGCUAACGACCGUCAGUUUCAAAAUUGUGUUCGGCUUUUUUUUAAUUUUGUAUAUUUUAAUAAUAAAGAGCAAUUCACUCAAACAAUUCAGAAAUAUAUUGCAGUCGUCAAAGAAAUCGUCAUAUCAGCGGAAUGACGAAAUAAACAAAAAUUUCCGAAAACAAUUUUUUAGAACAACUAUUUACUGUAUAAAAAUGAUUUUUCGUAAAUAUAACUUAAAACCAGCAGGCGCACAACUCAAAAGCGUAACGGUACCACGAUUUAAGAUUUUCUUGAAUAAAUUCUUACAUUAUUUUAUUGUUUGUUAAUUUUACAACUUUACCAUAUUUUGCAUUCACUGGCGAACAUUUGGUGAAAAUUUGUUUAAAAUCGGACUGAUAUUGAGCGCGCAGUAGCAGUUUUCCGCAAAACGCCAAAAGGGUGUCCUGUAACCUUUAUAAAAUACAUAUGCCGAAAGUAAAAUGGUCUAAAUACCUGAAAACCCUGUUCGGUCCUGAUUCUUAAUUGAUUAUAUUAACAUGAGUGAAUUUGAUUUUAACUUUGCAGAGACAUGAGAGCUUUCGUUGUGUUGGACCAUCUUCAGAUACAUCAGGACUAGGUAUGUCUAAGCAAGCUUAUUUGGCGCUGUUUUACAUGAACUCACUUAUUCUAUAUACAUUGUAGCCAGCACGGCAUAUGCAUGAUUCUUAUGUAUCAAUUGAAAACAAGUUAUGUUUCAUGAUUAAUCAAUUGAAAAUUGCAUUAUUUUCCUAGUAGAACUUAAGUUCCAAAAUUUCCAUAUCUCAGAGGAUGGUUUCUUAGUUACUUAG